AUGCGACUUUAUUACGUCUUGCAAACGAAAACAGUUUUGAAGCUUACCCUAAAAAUAAGAGGAUUUGUGUACACAGUUUCAUUUGUAUAUUCGUUUACACCAAAACCAAAGCUUCCUAUGCACACAUUUGAAACCAGACGAAACAUGCGACAAAUGAAUGGUGUUGAUCAUGUGUGGUUGACAAUAAGUGACAUAUUUAUAAUUCGUUUUAAAGUGAAUGCAAAUUAUUUGGAUACUUUUACAGAAAACCCAAGCACAAAUACUUUGCGUGUAAUUCAAGAACAGACAGAAUCGCUGUCGUUUGAAUGGAAACCGAUGAAGCACGAUUCGUUUUCAUAUGUAUAUUUACAACAACCAGCAGGCUGGUUUGGAAGCACUACAAGAAAAAUUGAAGCUGGAGAUAUUGGAAAUUUGCCAACCAUUGGGAAACCGUGUGAAGCGACAAACUAUGAAGCUAUCGGUUACUAUAGUUGGUAUAAAUUGAACUACGAUUUUUUAACAUAUUACAUUAAAUAUGAACGAGGUGAGCUUGUCAUUAUAUUGCAGUUGCUCAGUAUUAUAUCUUGUCUCUGUAUUCAUGUAUUUUGUACUGAGAGCAGAGAAGAAUCU